AUGUCUUUAAUAUCAAAAAUACUUCAAUUCAUUGCGAUUAUAAUAAUUCUACAUUCUGGAUUUUCCAGUUAUGAAUUCAAUCAAACAUCAAAACACCUAUCGCAAAAUGACAUUUUAAACAGCAUAGUUUUACCUAUUGAUAUUAAAUAUGAAGCAAUCGCUGGUCUUUUAUUGUUUAUAAUAUCUGUCUUUGUUUCAUUUGAAAAGAUUGAAUAUUAUUCUUUAAGAAGGCAAGAAGGCCAUUCCAUUGAAACAUUAUCACAAGGUCAAUAUCUUAAAUAUAUUACACUAAACAAAGCCACUGAUAGAGAUAAUAUGAUUAAUAGUGAUCCAACAGGAGAUGUCUCAUACACUCCAAAUAUGGUGCAUAUUCAUGAAAAAAGAAAACUAAUGAGAGAUUGGAUUCAAAAACAACAAGACGUAAAUUGA